AUGGCAGCCACUUCUAUUCCUGAACAAAUUAGUAACACUACUACCACUGAACCAACAUCCACUACUAGUAUUACUGAGCCAACAAAAACCAAUACUACUACUACUACAGAGCCAACAACAACCACAACUACUACUGAGCCAACAACAACCACUACAGCUACUGAUCCAAAAACAACCACUUCCCCUACAGAGCCAGCAACAACUACGACCACUGGACAAACUACCACUACUACUACAGAACCAACAAAGACCACUAGUACUACACAACCAACAACAACCAGAACUACAACUGAACCAACAACAACCACAACUACUACUGAGCCAACAAUAACAACAACUUCAACUACAGAGCCAAGAACAACCACUACUACUACAGAACCAACAACAACCACAACUACUACUGAGCCAACAACAACAGCUACCGAGCCAACAACAACAACCACUACCACUGCACCAACAACCACUUCUACUACAGAACCAACAACGACAACUAGUACUACUGAACCAACAACUACCACUACUACGACAGAACCAACAACAACCACAACUACUACUGAGCCAACAACAACCACAACAACAACUACAGAACCAACAACGACUAGUAGUACUACUGAACCAACAACAACCACUAUUACUACAGAACCAAUAACAAGCACUACUACUACUAAGCCAACAACAACUGCUAUUACAGAGACAACAACUUCAACUACAUCAGUACCAACAACAACCACUACCUCUGUUCAGACAACAACAACCACAACUACAACUACAGAGCCAACAACAACAACUACUACUACUACAGAACCAACAACAACUACUACAGAGCCAACAACAACUUCAACUACAUCAGUACCAACAACAACCACUUCUACUUAUGAAACAACAACCACAACUACUGCAGAGCCAACAACAACCACAACUACAACUACAGAACCAACAACUCCUACUACUACUACUAAAGAACCAACAACAACCACAACUACUACUGAGCCAACAACAACUUCAACUACAGAGCCAACAACAACCACUACUACUACAAAACCAACAACAACCACAACUACUACUGAGCCAACAACAACAACAACAACUACGGAGCCAACAACAACAAAAACUACAGAGCCAACAACAACUUCAACUACAUCAGUACCAACAACAACCACUAUUACUUAUGAAACAACAACAACCACAACUACUGCAGAUCCAACAAAAACCACAACUACAACUACAGAACCAACAACACCUACUACUACUACUAAAGAACCAACAACAACUACCACUACUACUGAGCCAACAACAACUUCAACUACAGAGCCAACAACAACUACUACUACUACAGAACCAACAACAACCACAACUACUACUGAGCCAACAACAACAACAACAACAACUACGGAGCCAACAACAACAACUACUACCAUUGCUCCAACAACGACUUCUACUUCAGAACCAACAAUGACCACUAGUACUACUGAACCAACAACAACCACUUCUACUACAGAACCAACAACAACCUCUACUACAACUGAACCAACAACAAUAACUACUACAGAGCCAACAACUUCAACAACAUCACCAACAACAACUUCAACUACAGAGCCAACAACAACCACUACUACUACAGAACCAACAACAACCACAACUACUACUGAGACAACAGCAACAACAACUACGGAGCCAACAACGACCACUAGUACCAGUGAACCAACAACAACCACUAUUACCACAGAACCAACAACAAGCACUACUUCUACAGAGCCAACAACAACAUUAACUACAUCAGUACCAACAACAACCACUAUGACUUAUGAAACAACAGCAACCACAACUACUACAGAGCCAACAACAACCACAACUACAACUACAGAGCCAACAACAACAACUACUACUACUACAGAACCAACAACAACCAAAACUACUACUGAGCCAACAACAACAACCACUAUAACUGCACCAACCACUUCUACCACAGAACCAGCAAAGACAACUAGUACAACUGAAACAAAAACAACCACUACUACUACAGAACCAAAACCAACCACAACUACUACUGAGCCAACAACAACCACAACAACAACUACAGAACCAACAAAGACCACUAGUACUACUGAACCAACAACAACCAUUAUUACUACAGAACCAACAACAAGCACUACUACUACUGAGCCAACAACAACCACAACAACAAGUACAGAAUCAAGUCCGACAACUAGUGGUACUGAACCAACAACAACUACUACUACUACAGAACCAACAACAAGGACCAGUACUACUGAACCAACAACAACCACAACAACAACUACAGACCAAACAACAACAACUACUACUACUGCUCCAACAACCACUUCUACUACAGAACCAACAAUGACCACUAAACCAACAACAACCACAACUACUACUGAGCCAACAACAACUUCAACUACAGAGCCAACAACAACCACUACUACUACAGAACCAACAACAACCACAACUACUACUGAACCAACAACAACAACUACGGAGCCAACAACAACAACUUCUACCACUGCUCCAACAACGACUUCUACUACAGAACCAACAAUGACCACUUCUACUACUGAACCAACAACAACCACUUCUACUACAGAACCAACAACAACCUCUACUACAACUGAACCAACAUCAAUAACUACUACUACUGAGCCAACAACAACAACUUCAACUACAGAGCCAACAACAACCACUCCAACUACAGAACCAACAACAACCACAACUACUACAAAGCCAACAACAACAACAACUACGGAGCCAACAACAACAACUACUACCAUUGCUCCAACAACGACUUCUACUACAGAACCAACAAAGACCACUAGUACUACUGAACCAACAACAACCACUUCUACUACAGAACCAACAACAUCCUCUACUACAACUGAACCAACAACAAUCACUACUACAGAGCCAACAACAACUUCAACUACAGAGCCAACAACAACCACUACUACUACAGAACCAACAACAACCACAACUACUACUGAACCAACAACAACAACUACAGAGCCAACAACAACAACUUCUACCACUGCUCCAACAAUGACUUCUACUACAGAACCAACAAAGACCACAAGUACUACUGAACCAACAACAACCACUUCUACUACAGAACCAACAACAACCUCUACUACAACUGAACCAACAACAAUAACUACUACUACUGAGCCAACAACAACAACUUCAACUACAGAGCCAACAACAACCACUACUACUACAGAACCAACAACAACCACAACUACUACAGAGCCAACAACAACAACAACUACGGAGCCAACAACAACAACUACUACCAUUGCUCCAACAACGACUUCUACUACAGAACCACCAACAACUUCAACAACAUCAGUACCAACAACAACCACUACUACUUAUGAAACAACAACAACCACAACUACUACAGAGCCAACAACAACCACAACUACAACUACAGAACCAACAACACCUACUACUACUACUACUAAAGAACCAACAACAACCACAACUACUACUGAGCCAACAACAACUUCAACUACAGAGCCAACAACAACCACUACUACUACAGAACCAACAACAACCACAACUACUACUGAGACAACAGCAACAACAACUACGGAGCCAACAACGACUACUAGUACCAGUGAACCAACAACAACCACUAUUACCACAGAACCAACAACAAGCACUACUUCUACAGAGCCAACAACAACAUUAACUACAUCAGUACCAACAACAACCACUAUGACUUAUGAAACAACAGCAACCACAACUACUACAGAGCCAACAACAACCACAACUACAACUACAGAGCCAACAACAACAACUACUACUACUACAGAACCAACAACAACCAAAACUACUACUGAGCCAACAACAACAACCACUAUAACUGCACCAACCACUUCUACCACAGAACCAGCAAAGACAACUAGUACAACUGAAACAAAAACAACCACUACUACUACAGAACCAAAACCAACCACAACUACUACUGAGCCAACAACAACCACAACAACAACUACAGAACCAACAAAGACCACUAGUACUACUGAACCAACAACAACCAUUAUUACUACAGAACCAACAACAAGCACUACUACUACUGAGCCAACAACAACCACAACAACAAGUACAGAAUCAAGUCCGACAACUAGUGGUACUGAACCAACAACAACUACUACUACUACAGAACCAACAACAAGGACCAGUACUACUGAACCAACAACAACCACAACAACAACUACAGACCAAACAACAACAGCUACUACUACUGCUCCAACAACCACUUCUACUACACAACCAACAAUGACCACUAGUACUACUGAACCAACAACAACCACUUCUACUACAGAACCAACAACAACCUCUACUACAACUGAACCAACAACAAUAACUACUACAGAGCCAACAACAACUUCAACUACAUCACCAACAACAACUUCAACUACAGAGCCAACAACAACCACUACUACUACAGAACCAACAACAACCACAACUACUACUGAACCAACAACAACAACUACGGAGCCAACAACAACAACUUCUACCACUGCUCCAACAACGACUUCUACUACAGAACCAACAAUGACCACUUCUACUACUGAACCAACAACAACCACUUCUACUACAGAACCAACAACAACCACAACUACAACUGAACCAACAUCAAUAACUACUACUACUGAGCCAACAACAACAACUUCAACUACAGAGCCAACAACAACCACUCCAACUACAGAACCAACAACAACCACAACUACUACAAAGCCAACAACAACAACAACUACGGAGCCAACAACAACAACUACUACCAUUGCUCCAACAACGACUUCUACUACAGAACCAACAAAGACCACUAGUACUACUGAACCAACAACAACCACUUCUACUACAGAACCAACAACAUCCUCUACUACAACUGAACCAACAACAAUCACUACUACAGAGCCAACAACAACUUCAACUACAGAGCCAACAACAACCACUACUACUACAGAACCAACAACAACCACAACUACUACUGAACCAACAACAACAACUACAGAGCCAACAACAACAACUUCUACCACUGCUCCAACAAUGACUUCUACUACAGAACCAACAAAGACCACAAGUACUACUGAACCAGCAACAACCACUUCUACUACAGAACCAACAACAACCUCUACUACAACUGAACCAACAACAAUAACUACUACUACUGAGCCAACAACAACAACUUCAACUACAGAGCCAACAACAACCACUACUACUACAGAACCAUCAACAACCACAACUACUACAGAGCCAACAACAAUAACAACUACGGAGCCAACAACAACAACUACUACCAUUGCUCCAACAACGACUUCUACUACAGAACCAGCAAAGACCACUAGUACAACUGAACCAACAACAACCACUUCUACUACAGAAACAACAACAACCUCUACUACAACUGAACCAACAACAAUAACUACUACAGAGCCAACGACAACUUCAACUACAUCAGUACCAACAACAACCACUACUACUUAUGAAACAACAACAACCACAACUACUACAGAGCCAACAACAACCACAACUACAACUACAGAACCAACAACACCUACCACUACUACUACAGAACCAACAACAACCACAACUACUACUGAGCCAAAAACAAAUUCAACUACAGAGCCAACAACAACCACUACUACUACAGAACCAACAACAACCACAACUACUACUGAGUCAACAACAACAACAACAACAACUACGGAGCCAACAACAACAAGUUCUACCACUGCUCCAACAACGACUUCUACUACAGAACCAACAAUGACCACUAGUACUACUGAACCAACAACAACCAUUUCUACUACAGAACCAACAACAACCUCUACUACAACUGAACCAACAACAAUAACUACUACAGAGCCAACAACAACUUCAACUACAUCAGUACCAACAACAACCACUACUACUUAUGAAACAACAACAACCACAACUACUACAGAGCCAACAACAACCACUACUACUGCAAAACCAUCAACAACCACAACUACUACUGAGCCAACAACAACAACAACUACGGAGCCAACAACAACAAGUACUACCACUGCUCCAACAACGACUUCUACUACAGAACCAACAAAGACCACUAGUACUACUGAAGCAACAACAACCACUUCUACUACAGAACCAACAACAUCCUCUACUACAACUGAACUAACAACAAUCACUACUACAGAGCCAACAACAACUUCAACUACAGAGCCAACAAUAACCACUACUACUACAGAACCAACAACAACCACAACUACUAUUGAGCCAACAACACCAACAACAACAACUACAGAGCCAACAACAACAACUACUACCACUGCUCCAACAACGACUUCUACUACAGAACCAACAAUGACCACUAGUACUACUGAACCAACAACAACCACUUCUACUACAGAACCAACAACAACCUCUACUACAACUGAACCAACAACAAUAACUACUACAGAGCCAACAACAACUUCAACUACAUCAGUUCCAACAACAACCACUACUACUUAUGAAACAACAACAACCACAACUACUACAGAGCCAACAACAAUCACAACUACAACUACAGAACCAACAACACCAACUACUAAUACUACUAAAGAACCAACAACAACCACAACUACUACUGAGCCAACAACAACUUCAACUUCAGAGCCAAAAACAACCACUACUACUACAGAACCAACAACAACCACAACUACUACUGAACCAACAACAACAACAACAACUACGGAGCCAACAACCACUUCUACUACAGAACCAACAACAACAUCUACCAGAACUGAACCAACAACAAUUACUACUACAGAGCCAACAACAACUUCAACUACAUCAGUACCAACAACAACCACUACUACUUAUGAAACAACAACAACCACAACUACUACAGAGCCAACAACAACCACAACUACAACUACAGAACCAACAACACCUACUACUACUACUAAAGAACAGACAACCACAACUACUACUGAGCCAACAACAACUUCAACUACUACUGAACGAACAACAACAACAACUACAGAGCCAACAACAACAACUACUACCACUGCUCCAACAACGAAUUCUACUACAGAACCAACAAAGACCACAAGUACUACUGAACCAACAACAACCACUUCUACUACAGAACCAACAACAACCUCUACUACAAUUGAACCAACAACAAUAACUACUACUACUGAGUCAACAACAACCACUUCAACUACAGAGUCAACAACAACCACUACUACUACAGAACCAACAACAACCACAACUACUACUGAGCCAACAACAACCACAACUACGGAGCCAACAACAACAACUACUACCACUGCUCCAACAACGACUUCUACUACAGAACCAACAACGACCACUACUACUACUGAACCAACAACAACCACUUCUACUGCAGAACCAACAACAACCUCUACUACAACUGAUCCAACAACAAUAGCUACUACAGAGCCAACAACAACUUCAACUACAUCAGUACCAACAACAACCACUAAACCAGCAACAACCACAACUACUACUGAGCCAACAACAACUUCAACUACAGAGCCAACAACAACUACUACUACAACAGAACCAACAACAACCACAACUACUACUGAGCCAACAACAGCAACAACAACUACGGAGCCAACAACAACAAGUACUACCACUGCUCCAACAACGACUUCUACUACAGAACCAACAACGACCACUAGUACUACUGAACCAACAAUAACCACUUCUACUACAGAACCAACAACAACCUCUACUACAACUGAACCAACAACAAUAACUACUACAGAGCCAACAACUUCAACUACAUCAGUACCAACAACAACCACUACUACUUAUGAAACAACAACAACCACAACUACUACAGAGCCAACAACAACCACAACUACUACUACAGAACAAACAACACUUACUGCUACUACUAAAGAACCAACAACAACCAUAACUACUACAGAGCCAACAACAACUUCAACUACAGAGCCAACAACAACCACUACUACUACAGAACCAACAACAACCACAACUACUACUGAGCCAACAACAACAACAACUACGCAGCCAACAACAACUACUACUACCACUGCUCCAACAACGACUUCUACUACAGAACCAACAACGACCACUAGUACUACUGAACCAACAACAACCACUUCUACUACAGAACCAACAAUGACCACUAGUACUACUGAACCAACAACAACCACUACUACUACAGAAGCAACAAGACCCACAACUACUACAGAGCCAACAACAACCACAACUACAACUACAGAGCCAACAACAACUACUACUACUACAGAAUCUACUAGAACAACUACUACUGAGCCAACAACAACCACUGAGCCAACAACAACCACAACUACUACUGAGCCAACAACAACCACAACAACAACAACAGAACCAAGUUUGACCAUUAGUACUACUGAACUAUUAACAACUACAACUGCUACAGAACCAACAACAACCACUAGUACUACUGAACAAACAACAACCACAACAACAACUACAGAGCCAACAACAACAACUACUACCACUGCUCCAACAACCACUUAUACUACAGAACCAACAAUCACCACUAGUACUACUGAAUCAACAACAACCACUACUAAUACAGAACCAACAACAACCUCUACUACAACUGAACCAACAACAAUAACUACUACAGAGCUAACAAGAACUUCAACUACAUCAGUACCAACAACAACCAGUACUACUGUUGAGAAAAUAACAACCACAACUACUACAGAGCCAACAACAACAACAACUACAACUACAGAGCCCACAACAACUACUACUACUACAGAACCAACAACAACCACAACUACAACAGAGCCAACAACAACCACAACUAUAACUAUAGAGCCAACAACAACCACUACUACUUCAGAACCAACAACAACCACAACUACUACUGAGCCAACAACAACCACAACAACAACUACAGAACUAACAAUGACCACAAGUACUACUGAACUAAGAACAACCCCUAGUACUACUGAAUCAACAACAACCACUUCUACUACAGAACCAACAACAACCUCUGCUACAACUGAACCAACAACAAUAACUACUACAGAGCCAACAACAACCACAACUACAUCAGUACCAACAACAACCACUACUACUUAUGAAACAACAACAAGCACUACUACUACAGAACCAACAACAACCACAACUACUACUGAACCAACAAGAACAACAACUACAGAGCCAACAACAACCACUACCACUUCACCAACAACCACUUCUACUACAGAAUCAACAACGACCACUAAACAAACAACAACCACAACUACUACUGAGCCAACAACAACCACUGAGCCGACAACAACUACUACUACAGAGCCAACAACAACAACUACUACCACUGCAGCAAUAACCACCUCUACUAAAGAAAUAACAACAACCACUAGUAUGACUGAACCAACAACCACUACUACUACAGUACCAACAACGACCACUAGUACUACGGAGCUAACAAUAACUACUACUACAGAGCCAGCGACAACUUCAACUACCUUAUCACCAACAACAACCACUACUACUGUUGAACCAACAACAACCACAACUACUACUGAGCCAACAAUAACUACAGAGCCAACAACAAAUACUACCAGUGAACCUACAACCACUUCUUCUACAGAAACAACAAUGACCACUAGUACUACUGAACCAACAACCACUACUUCCACAGAACCAACAACAAGCACUACUACUACUGAGCCAACAACUACUACUUCAGAGCCAACAACACUUUCAACUACAUCAUUACCAACAACAACCACUACUACUGUUGAGACAACAACAACCAAAACUACUACAGAAUUAACAACAACCACAACUACAAGUACAGAGCCAACAACAAUCAAAACUACUACUGAGCCAACAACAACCACAACAAUAACUACAAAGCCAACAAUAACUACUACUAGUGCACCAACACCCACUUCUAGUACAGAAUCAACAAUGACCUCUAGUACUACUGAACCAACAACAACCACUACUACUACAGAACCAACAACAACUACUACUAUUACAGAGCCAACAAUAACAACUACUACCACUGCACCACCAACAACAACAAGUAGUACAGAGCCAACAACAACCACAACUAUUACUGAGCCAACAACAACCACUACUACUACAGAGCCAACAACAACUACAACUACCACUGCACCCACUACCACUACUACUAGAGAACUAACAAGUACCACUAGUAUUACUGAACAAACAACAACCACAACAUUAACUUCAGAGCCAACAACAACCACAACUAUUACAGAGCCAACAACAAUUACAACUACUACAGAGCCUACAACAACCACAACUACUCCUGAGCCAACAACAACCACUACUACUACAGAGCCAACAACAACAACUAGUACUACUGCACCAACAACCACUGCUAUGGCUUUGUCCAGUCCUCUAGAGUACGGGUCGGCAUUUGGAGAUUCGUAUUUGAUUGGUGAUGAUCUUGCAAGUACAAAAUUGCGGUCGGCAACACAAGUGUUCGUUGGAGAUGGUUCAGAUGGAGGAUUUUCGAGUGUUUAUGUUGGUACAAAUGGCAUCAUAGGCAUGGGGGAGAGAUAUAACAGCCUUUCUAUAAAUGAAAUGAACUCGGCAGCUAUUUCUGAACGACAAAUUAUAUGUCCAUUUUGGACGGAUUUGACAUCGUACUCGUAUAAUGGCGACAGUGCUGUAUAUUAUCAAGCAUACUCCAGAGGAUUUAGAAGCCAGCACAGUGCAUUAUUAAGAGCCAAUGCAAUCGUAAAAGAAUUCUACUCGCAAGAUUUUCCCAAUUUUGAGACCAGCUGGCUUGUCAAGGUCACAUGGAAAGACAUGGCGCUGUAUGCCGAUAGAUCUCAGAAAGUAACCAUACAAUGUUUAUUGAUAUCGGACGGUGAAAACACUUUCGUUGUGUUUAAUUAUAUUGAUGUCAAUCUCAGACCUAUAAGAAACCUUAGGAUUUCAAUUGGAUACAGAUUCAAGAGAUUCCUCGCCAGAAAUUCAUACUCAAACCAACAGGCUGCUUUUCGCAUGAGUUCUGUUCCGGGGAAUAGAGGUACGAAUGGGUUCUGGAUAUACAAAAUGACAACAGAAGUCCGGCUAAGCAGAGAGGAGAGGGAAUGCUUUAGCUGGUAUCUUCGAAACAAAGAGAGUGGUGUGGCUAACCGGCUGUCCAACAUGGCUUGGUCGCUACAAUGUCCAUGUGACAGUGGUCUCCUUAGAUUUGACCCACGCUUUUCAUUCAGCAGAAUUGACUACAGGAACAAUGUUAUGUGUUACGCCACGAUGACGUUUGGAAGAAAUGCGGAAUGUUGUUAUCCUUUCUUUUGGUGGUCUUCGUGGUGGUGGUGGUGGUGGUGGCGUCCGGUCCUCGGCUCCUGUCGGCGGUCACCUCCAGUGGCUGGUACAUUGAUGGAAUAUAGUCCUUUCUUUCAACGGUUUAACCACUACAAUCAGGAUGUUAGGCCAAAAGACGUUUGCUGUAAUUCAGGGCAUUGUGACUGGUAUUACGAGGUCCGACCAAUCACAAGGUGUUAUCGCAGAUCUCCAUUUAGAGCAGCCUGGUUUUUCGGUGACCCUCAUAUUGGUACUUUGGAUGGGCAUCAGUACACAUUCAAUGGUUACGGAGAAUACACUAUGAUGAAAAUAGAUACUGAAAAAACCAAAUUUGAACUCCAAGCUAGAACUGAUCUAGCUACUAACGAAAAUGGAACAACCAUUAACGCCACGAUCUUCAGUGCUUUUGCUGCUAAAGACCAGACUGGUGCAACUGUUCAGAUUGAAAUGUCAAGAAAUAAAGACAAGAUGUAUAUCAGAGGUGAUGACCGAGACUUGACGAGAGAAUUCGAGAAUCUGAACUUUACGUACACUACACAGUUUCUACAACUGCGACAGGAGAACCAGACAAUUGUUGCUUCUUUCCUUAAUUCUUCAAUAACCAUCAAAGUCAGUCUUGGUGUUCGGUUCUUGACGUGUGAGGCUGUGGUGGACGAUGUCUAUAAAGGAAAUGUGUCAGGGCUGAUGGGAAAUUUUGAUGGCAACACAACCAAUGACUUCCUUCUCCCUAACGGUACAACUCUCACAGGAAACAGCACUGGCAGUGAGAGGGCCAUAUACUUCAACUUUGGUCAAGCAUGGUCUGUGAAUGACACAACUUCAAUAUUCCACUACGACACUGGCUUGUCACACGAGGACUACAAUCAUCCAGAUUUUCUGCCCUUUUUCAUUGACGAAUUUAGUGAUGAAAGACGGAAUAAAGCUAAGGAGCAAUGUGGCGGUGCUUCUGCUUCACAGUCCUGUAUUUUUGACUUCCUCGCCACAGGCGACAAAACAUUGGCUAUUUCCUCCGGAAGUGAAGAGAGCACUUCCGAGUCUGAGACAAGUGCAAUAGCUAAUGAGACACCAGAAGUGAUAGGAGACAGUGUAAUUGAGGCAGAAGUUAACGUUACAGUGAAAUUAAAAUUCAACAUUUCUGAUGACGGCGAAAAUGCUGUAUACAAAAUUUUACAGCAGCCAAACACAAACUUUCAAUUUGACAAUUUGACGGGUAUUGCGUCAUGGACACCAUAUGAUACCAAUGUAACAAGCAUCAGCGUCUCUGCUGUGGAUAACCAACAAGUCGAAUCAUCACCGCUAGAUAUCGCUAUUAUCUUGUGUAGUGGAUGUAACGGAAAUGGCAAAUGCAAUUACACAAACACAAGAAAUUCCGAAAAUGAACUCUUUAAAAGAGCAACCUGUGAAUGUAAAAUAGGAUACUCAGGUGAUGACUGUGAACAAGAUGUUGACGGCUGUGAAGACUACCCCUGUCCUCUGGGUAGAAACUGUACAGACCUCACCCCGGAACAGGAGGCCGCUCAAAAUAGAAGUUACACUUGUUCUGACUGUCCGGGGGGAUUUAGAGACAUCGACAAUAAAUGUGAAGAUAUCAAUGAGUGCAAUGGAACAGUACCAGUGUGUAACGAUAGGACAGAGAACUGUGAGAACACAGAGGGGGGCUAUACCUGUAAUUGUCUGUCGGGCUACAGGAAGGUGGGCCUUGAAUGUCUAGACAUUGAUGAGUGUUUGGAGAGUACUUCUGGAUGUGCACAGCUCUGUAACAACACAGAAGGGUCAUUUAUCUGCUCUUGUCUAUCUGGCUUUAAAAUAAAUCAAGACAAUAAAACAUGUUAUGAGACAGGUAAUUCGACAUGCUCCAAUCUUACCUGUGAAUACACAUGUGUCAAUAGAUCUGGUUUUUAUGAGUGUAUCUGUCAAAACGGUUACAAACUAGCGGCAAAUGAAAUCAACUGCACAGAUGUGGAUGAAUGUGAAUUGGGAAUAUGUACUCAGGACUGUGUUAAUACAGUCGGUUCAUACAAUUGCUCAUGUUUUACGGGGUUCACUUUAAACGAUGACAGAACAACUUGCUCAGAAUGUAUACCUCCAAAUUAUGGGGAGAACUGUGAACAGGUGUGCGAGUGUGGUCCAGGAAUGGACAGGUGUGACUCGGUUACUGGGUGUGUCUGUCUGUCCGGAUGGACGGGAACUAAGUGUGAUCAGGAUAUAGAUGAGUGUGCAGUUAAUCCGUUAAUCUGUGGUACAGACAAGGAAUGUCGGAAUCUCCAGGGAUCCUACACGUGUAAUUGUCGGAAUGGAUUCGAGAAAAUUAACGAGAUUUGUAAAGAUAUUGAUGAGUGUGCAAACGAUGGGUCAAAUGAAUGCCCCAUAUCCUCUACGUGUCUGAAUAAUGAUGGUAAUUACACCUGUCAGUGUAAAGAAGGCUACACACAGAAAUCAACAUACGAAUGCCAAGACAUUGACGAAUGUAAGACUGGAGUGGCAGGGUGUUCUCAGAACUGUUCUAAUGUGGAAGGAGGUUUUAAUUGUGAGUGUGAAUUCGGGUACACACUGGAAGAUGACAGAAAGACAUGCGCAGUGGUGACUGAUAUUUGCUCGCUUUAUCCACACCUCAAUUGCUCAUUUGGAUGUAGACAAGACCCAGCAAAUAAAACCUUUGGGUACUGCUUCUGUGGUGCGGGAUUCUACCUGAACGCGGUGGAUGAACGGUCCUGUGUUGAUGUGAAUGAGUGUGGUGAUGAUGCUCUGAAUCUGUGUACCUUCAAGGAAAAUUGUGUGAAUACUGUUGGUUCCUACAACUGUUCCUGUCCGAUCGGAUAUAUCUUAGAAAACGACGGAAGGCAGUGUUCAGUGUGUGAUAGUUUUCACUAUGGUCUUGAUUGCAAAAUACCUUGCAAUUGCGGAGUUGGUGCCUCCACAUGUGACAACGUACAAGGAUGUCAGUGUAGGACAGGAUGGGCUGGACUGAAAUGUGAUGCCGAUAUGGAUGAAUGUACCAUCGGUAAUCCUUGUAAUGGAGCCAACCAGAUCUGUCAGAACACUCCGGGAUCCUACCGGUGUCUAUGUGAGACGGGAUAUAAUGAAACCCUACCGGGGCAAUGUACAGAUAUAAAUGAAUGUAUCAACAAACCCUGCGACCAAAUAUGCAACAAUACAAAUGGAGGGUAUACGUGUUCCUGCAACCCGGGGUUUAAGCUCACAAAUCAGUCAAAAUGUGAAGACAUUGACGAAUGUUCAGCACCAGUAUCACCAUGUGACCAGUUGUGUUCAAACACUCCUGGAAGUUACAGAUGCUUUUGUAGGGAAGGUUUUCUUCUGAAUGUGACAACUAAAUCAAACUGCCACGCCAAAACAGAGUGUACCGUUCUGAACUGUACUCAGCAAUGUGCCGUACGUGCUGAUGGGUCAGAGUUUUGCUCCUGUAGAAAUGGAUUCAGCCUAGAUUCAGACAAUAUCACCUGCACUGAUAUUGACGAUUGCUCACAGAACCCUUGCAGUGAGAAUUGCACACAGAAUGGUCCAGGUCUUGGUUACACGUGUUCUUGUGAUGUUGGAAAAAAGCUGGACAUUGAUCAAAGAACCUGUAUAGAAUGCGAAAAUGGAUACUACGGGAUAAACUGUAAUGAUGAGUGUUCGUGUAAAUCUGAAAAUACGGCAUCAUGUGACAGAAUCACGGGCUCCUGUACCUGUAAAGAAGGAUGGAAUGGGACAUUUUGUAAUGAUGACGUAAAUGAAUGUUUAAAAGAACAUAUUUGUCCAAACAAUUCCGACUGCAAGAAUUUAAAUGGAUCUUACUCAUGUGAUUGCAAAGACGGAUUUUCUUUUGCUGGCGAACAGUGUGUUGAGUGUUCAAGUACAACAUAUGGUCAGAACUGUGCAAAUCAAUGUGCUUGUGAGUUCAGUAACACUCAGUCAUGUGACAAACAGAAUGGAACCUGUUACUGUAGUUCUGGAUGGCAGGGUAUCAACUGUACAGAGGAUGUCCCAGAAUGCACCAAUGAUCCGAACAUUUGCGGAAGUAAUGCAUCGUGUAAUGAAACAAAUGGCUCAUAUUUUUGUCUUUGUGACCCAGGCUUUCAUAAAACAUCAGCAGGACAUUGUGAAAAUAUUGAUGAAUGUGCGCUUGGAAUCGGAAACUGUUCCCAGAAUGCUAUUUGUUCUGACACUGAAGGAAGCUUUAUGUGCAAAUGCCGACCUGGCUUUCAAGGAAAUGGAUAUAACUGUACAGGUUGUAAUGGUACUUCAUAUGGUGAGCAGUGUUCAAAAGCUUGCUCAUGUGACAUUAUUGGUACAUCAAAAUGUGAUAACAUUGACGGGACAUGUACUUGUAAAGAUGGUUGGAAUGGCACCAACUGUGAGCUCACAAAUGAAUGUGAGACAGGGGCCAACAACUGUCACAUGAACGCUUCUUGUCAGGACACUGAAGACAGCUACAACUGUUCAUGUAAUAUUGGAUUUUAUGGAGAUGGUGUCAGUUGUACAGUGUGCAACCAGACCACGUAUGGUGAGCAGUGUUCAAAAACUUGUUCAUGCAACUUUGCUGGUACAAUAGACUGUGAUAACAUUGACGGGACCUGCACUUGUAAAGAUGGUUUUACUGGAACCAACUGCGAGUUUACGGAUGAGUGUGAUACAGGAGUUCACAACUGUCAUAUGAACGCUUCUUGUCAGGACACUGUGGACAGCUAUAACUGUUCAUGUAAUAUUGGAUUUUAUGGAGAUGGUGUCAAUUGCACAGGUUGCAACAAGACUACGUAUGGUGAGAAGUGUUCAAAGACUUGCUCAUGUUACCCUGCUGGCACAACAGACUGUGAUAACGUUGGUGGCAAAUGUACGUGUAAGGAUGGUUUUAAUGGAACCAACUGUGAGUUUACGGAUGAAUGUAAUACAAGAGUUCACAACUGUCAUAUGAACGCUUCUUGUCAGGACAUAGAAGACAGUUACAACUGUUCAUGUAAUAUUGGAUUUUAUGGAGAUGGUGUAAAUUGCACAGCGUGUAAUGAUUGGACAUACGGUAAUCAAUGUUCUCAGAACUGUACUUGCAACACUGAGAACACAGCUGAUUGUGAAGAUACGACGGGAGCGUGUAUCUGUAAAACAGAGUGGAAUGGAACAAACUGUGAUGUCCGUGUAGACGACUGUCGGAACGGAACUGCUGUUUGUGACAUCACUCUUCAGGAAUGUUUGAUAAACAAUGGAACGAGCAGUUACUCUUGUUAUUGUCUUUAUGGAGCAAAUUCUAGUGGCGAUUGUCUGUCACAAAAACCACCCUACAUUCAUGAUUCUACGGUAGAAACAAAGUUCCAAGCGGAGAUGACUCUGGCAAUUAUUGUUACGCCUCAGGAAUUUGAAAAUAACACCAAAAAUAUAACGGACACUAUCUUUCAAUCACUAAUACGACAUUUUGAAGAUGAAAUACGUGGCUUUAAGACACUGAUUAUUUUGUCUAUAAGACGUGGUAGUAUAAUAGUCCAAUAUGAAAUAGUGGUGUAUAAGAACGAGUCUUCACAAGGACAAAUUAGUGACUACAUCAAGGCCACAACAACACUGUUGAGUAUAUUCGUGGAGUUCAAGGCCUUAGGGAGAAAUGCUUCAAUUGACUUUGUAACGAUCUUUGAUGAAGAAGGCACUGCUUUCAUAGUGAACAAAUCAAGCAGCCCAUGUGGUGUUUUAAAACAAUAUCGCCCAUGUUCUGACGGAGAGACGUGUGUGGAAAACUUAGGUGUCCCCUCAUGUGUACCAAUAGAAGUGACAGAUUAUUUUGAUUUGAUUGUCGGACUAGGAAUAGGAAUACCCUUAGCAGUGACAGUAAUAGCGAUUAUAUUCAUCAUAUGCGUCUACUGUAAACGAAGAGCAGAUAAGGAAGAUUUGACAGCCUACAGUGAUACUGAUGAUAGGUCACGCGAUGGAAGUGAAUUUUUCAGGUCUCGGAUACCUGUCCGUUAUGGUAGCUGGGGACAUCAAUACUCCCCUUGGGGUCUGGAGGGUACUCAAGGUAUAGAAAACGACACACCACGGGCAAGAAAAUACGAACAGGACAUUUUGAACCAAGAAAAUAUAGAUGAUAGACCAAUUCCUUAUAAUUCGGAAUUUUCUUGGGAUUUCUUACAUGCUUCCAUACCACCAACUGAAUCGUUUAGAAUAGAGCGACCGAAAGCAGAAAGAAGCCCUCAUCCCUUGUUUAGAGAACAAUCAACAGCUUGAUAAUGCCCACGCGGCAGAAAGAAGGAGACAUUUCACAUAAUUAAUAAAAUGAAAACGAGUAAAAUGCUAUCAAGGCCUUUUCAAGGAUGUGCAAUAAAUGUUAUGUUUGUUUCAGUGCUGAUUUUAGAGUGCUCAAUGUUUAACGUCAUCGAACUUCAAAUUUGUUAUUUGUUUUAAUCCUACUUAUAUUAUAUUUUUAGACGUCUGAAUACUACAUUGUUCGUAUGAGGAAUUUAUAGUUUUAUAAAAAAUGCUGUUAUGUACAAUGUAUACAAAAAGUAUAUUGUUUGUAUUGUAUUUGUAUCUCUUCCAGUUUUUGAAUUCAGACUU